AUGCCGCCACUUCCUAACUUCUCUGAAAACGCCUUCCGUACACGCGACGACUUUGUUCGCGCCGCGCUCGCUCUCAUCCAACCUCUCAAUCAAUACAAAUCACCUCACAAUGCGCGCAUCAAGAUCGCUACAUCAACAGGCGCAGGCUUCAGCGAAACAGCCGCGCAGCUAGAGGGUUUUGCGAGACCGCUUUGGGUUGUGGCUGAUCUCAUGCGCUCAGAAGAUGAUUCAGCGCAGCUCAAAAGCUGGAUCGAGGGUUUCAAAGCUGGCACUGAUCCGCAGUCUUCGGAGUACUGGGGUGACCUGAGGGGCUUCGAUCAGAGGGUAGUGGAGAUGGAGUCCAUUGCGUACGCCCUGCUAUCCAGCCCCACGCCGUUUGGCUUCAAGAACGAUGAGACGACUAAGAGCAAUCUGAUCACUUGGUUGAGGCAAAUCAACGAGCACGAUAUGCCGAAGAGCAAUUGGCUCUGGUUCCGGAUCUUGGUCAAUAUUGCUCUAGUGAGAGUUCUCGGUGUACCAUUGGAAGACGUCAAGCAUCAUAUCGACGAAAGCCUUCGCGUUCUGGACACAUUCUACCUUGGAGAAGGAUGGAGUAGCGAUGGUCUUUGGGGCGAUGAGAGGAAGCAGGCGGAUUACUACUCCGGAAGUUUUGCAAUCCAGUUCGCUCAGCUGCUUUUCGUCAAGUACGCUCCUGACUACGAUAUGGAGAGGACCAAGAAGUACAAAGAGCAGGCAGGAGAGUUUGCAAAGACAUACUGGAGAUAUUUCGGGCCCAGUGGCGCUGCAGUACCGUUUGGUAGAAGCUUGACGUACCGCUUCGCGUUCACAGCAUUCUGGGCGGCGGUGGUGGUUGCAGAUGUCGAGUUGACUGCUCCACUCGAUCAGUUGGGUACCGUCAAGGGUUUGUUGGCAAGGCAUCAGAGAUGGUGGGCACAAAAACCUCAUAUAUUCAACACCGACGGCACGCCGAACAUCGGAUACGCAUACCCAAACAUGUACCUUGCCGAAGACUAUAACUCACCGCAGUCGGUGUACUGGUGCUUGAAAUCGCUACUCGUGCUUGGAAUACCGGGGAACCAUCCCUUCUGGACUGCCGAGGAACUUCCAUUCCCGAAGACGGAUGCGAUCAAGGAUGUCGAGCUGAUCUGGCCACCGAGACACAUACUCUGCAACACCUCCGAACACCACUUCCUCCUUUCAUCUGGACAGUCUACGACCAAGCGUUUCAAAGCCAGGGAGGCCAAGUAUGGGAAGUUUGCGUACUCUUCGGCGUUGGGGUUCAGCGUCCCAUGCGGACCGUUACUUGAGCAGAUCGCACCUGACUCGACACUGGCAAUCAGUUUUGAUGAUGGGAACGAGAGCUGGAAGGUUCGUUGGGAUCCGUAUGUUACGCAGACGAGCCGCCUGAAAGUUGGAGAUGAAGAGGUCCCAACAUUGGUCAGCACAUGGCGCCCGUGGAAAGGAGAAAGACUAACCGUCCGGACUACAUUGAUUCCGCCAGUGAAGAGAAGGCCAGGUUGGCACAUCAGGAUACACAAGGUAGUAUGGGAAGUCGAAGCAAAGAGCCACCGACUCAAUCUGGUGGAUGGCGGUUUUGCGGCUUCAGCGCAGACUACAAGCAAUGAUUCCAUCUUCGAACAAGCUGUCAAGGCUAUGUCGGACAGUCCCGAUGCUGCUGAGGGAUGGUACGAGGACAACGCCUCAGCUCUUGUCAUCUCUGAGUCCGGCGCCAGUGGUGUUGUAGACUUGACUCCGCAGUUUAUUCAAAAUGAUACCUUCCGGACCCUACUGGGAGUAGACAUGAAGGCAUUGAACAUUCGUGCAGAUCCAAACACGAAUCUCGUUGCGCAGCGAAGUUUGAUUCCAGCGAUACACCACACACUUACGCCGAAAGACCAAACUGACACGAACAUCGUUGAGUACAGCUUUGUGACGGGGGUCUUUGCUAUCGAAGCAUACGCGAACAAAAGUCCGGAUGAGAUUCGACGCUUGUGGGACGACAGACCGCAGGGUAGCAGUCAAGGUGAUCAUAUCAUAUUCCAUCCAUGA